AUGGCACCUCUUAAGCCGUCCUGGAAACAGCCCUCCCACCCCGACAUUCAAGAUGUCGUCGUCAGCGGAGCCGACUUCAUGACCAAGAGCCUUUCAAAAGUGACUGUGCCGCCAUUUGGCCUGUUCGCCAAAUUCGAGUUCCCUCCUUGUGAUAUGGCUGAGAAGGCUACCUAUGCUACGGUGCAGAUGGGGAAAGACAAACACCUGAAUCUCAACAGCGACUUGCUCUACAUUAACCAUUCUUGCGAGCCGUCUCUUCAUUUUGAUAUGGGGAGCAUGAGGAUCGUGGCUGGCCCUAAGGGCCUCCGUCCGGGAGAUGAACUCACAUUUUUUUACCCAUCAACUGAAUGGGAAAUGGCCCAGCCAUUUGACUGCUUUUGUGGUAAGCCCACUUGCAAAAGGGUCAUCACUGGCGCCAAGGACAUGCCCUUUGAGCUGCUCAAAGGCCUCUGGCUUAACGACCACAUCCACGAGCUUCUUGAGGAGCAAGCUUCUUCUCAGCAUUACCGACUUAGUUCAAAGCCUGAAAACGGUGGCGUGCGUUCCGCCCAGCUGCCGGAUGCUGCCUUGAACGGUCGGGCAGAGAAGAUUAACGGCACGAAUGUUGAUGUCGAUACUCACGGCCUUGGAUUGUUGCGCCGUGGAGUAACUUCACGAGAGAUGAGCGGCGAGAUGGGCGGCGAUACUACUGUCAAGGUUUAA